AUGGAUCUUUUCACGACAGUUGCCUUCGUCGGUGCAUUUAUGUAUUUGAUUAAGAUACUUAAAAAGGCUUACAUUUCACCCACGAGUUCUAUUCCUGGGCCAUUCCUAGCUCGAUUCACCAAACUCUGGGAAUUAAAUGAAGCUGUCAAGGGAAGUUUUGAGAAAAAGAACUUGGCUCUACACAGGAAAUACGGACGAAUUGUGCGGAUUGCACCCAGUACAUUCAGUAUUAACGACCCAGCCGCUGUGAAAGAGAUAUACUCCGCUGGUACUAAGUUUGUUAAAUCCGAUUUCUAUCACGCGUUUGGUAGCCCAGAUCCCGAGCAAGGGGAUUUAUUUUCGGAAAGAGACUCUAAGCGGCAUUCUCUGAAACGAAGAAAAGUGGCGUCUCUCUACUCUAUGACCACUUUAAUCUCCUACGAGAAGUUUGUCGACCGUUGUAAUCAGGAGCUGUGCAGCAAAUUUGAAGAAUUCUCCGAUGAUGGAAGAGCGUUUGAGCUUCCGGCAUGGAUGCAAUUCUACGCAUUCGAUGUCAUCGGUGAGAUCACGACAGGAGAGCCAUUUGGUUUUAUGCGCCAGGGUUACGACUUUAAUGGAAUCCUGGACGCUAUCGACCAGAGCAUGAUUUACGGCUCCCGCAUUGGAAUUUUCCCAGAGCUUCACGGCCUACUUGCGGGUAUAAUGAGGGCAGCAAACCAAAGAAUUCCUUUUGAUACCAUUGCAGACUAUAUUCGGCAUCAUAUAGGCCGUCGCAAUACCCAGGGAAAUUUCGAUGCGGCAGCGCAACAAGAUUUCCUGACCAAGCUUCUCUCUUUACAAGAGGCCCAAAAGAUCGAUGCUUUGGAUACCUUCACAACCAUGGGUGCCAAUAUUGCUGCCGGGUCCGAUACCACAGCAAUUUCGUUAACCACUGUGAUAUAUGCUUUGAUUAAGAACCCUUCAGCAGCUCAGAAACUGCGCGAAGAAGUUGACUUUUUCGAAGCUGAAGGCAAACUAUCUGAUCCGGUGACCUUUAAGCAAGCACAAAAUAUGCCAUACUUGCAGGCUUGCAUCAAAGAGGCGUUGCGGAUCCACCCAGCAACAGGCCGACCGUUGGUUAGAAAAGUUCCUGUGGAAGGAGCAACCUUGGCUGGCCAAUUCUUCCCGGGUGGAUCGUCGGUUGGUGCCAAUCCAUGGGUAAUUCAUUUCAAUGAAGAAAUAUUCGGACCCGAUGCAAUGCUGUUCCGACCAGAAAGAUGGCUACACAACAAAGAGAAACUGUCGCUGAUGGAACAAAACUUCCUCUCAUUUGGAUGGGGUGCUCGGUCGUGCAUAGGUAAAAACAUCAGCUUAUUGGAAAUUUCAAAGCUUAUCCCACAGCUCUACCGAAGAUUUGACUUCAUUUCGGCCGAGCCGGGGGCUGAGUGGGAAACAUCAACACAUUGGUUUGUGAAGCAAAAGUUCAUAUGCCUGGUAAAACCCAGAACAUAA